AUGUGGGUGAGACAAGGGGAUUGUUGGGUGGUGGUGGUGUUGAUGAGGAAGCCCUGGGCGGAAUCUAGGCAGGUGAUCAGAGAGCAGCAGGAGGGGCAAGUGAUUGAGAGGCUGAGGGUGGAGUUGGAGAAUGAGAGGGAGAGGAAUUUCCAGUUGGAUAUGGAAUUGGAGAUUCUAAGGAUUCAGAUUUCUGGUGCGCAUAGCAGCACUGGGGCUGGUAUUGAUUGA